AUCAGCGAGUGAUUCAGUAGUGAGUACAAAUAGCAUAGUUUGUCUCAAUACACUUGUUAACCUUUAUAGUCAAGGAUCCUUCAUUAAAUGACAUUUUUGGCGUUUGCUUGGGUAGUAAAGUAAGCUCACCAUGCCUUGGACAAAGGGCAUCUUGCUUUUCACAGUGGUUGUGAUGACACUGAUUUCAUCUUUAAGGGCUGGUCCUGUGGCUUUUCCUGAAACUGGUGCUGUUCAUGGAGCAGUCUUUGAAAACACAAUCCCUUUUGGCAAACUUUUAAUAGGUGCUCAAGAGCGGUUCCACCUUGCUGAUGCAAAGCUGCAUCGUUUGGGUCCUUCUGUGCGCUGUGGAAAUGAUUCAAUGACCUUGCACAUUCCAGGGGCAAUAAGAACACCACACUUUCUGGUUGAUCGAGGAGAUCGGUCAACAGUGCCUCUGUCUGAGAUGCCAGCCCGCUGUGGUUUCUCACUGAAGCGGGCACGCAGGGAUGUUUCUCUUGUUGCUCCAUACCAGGGCUGUCAUGUCCGACUACAGGAAGGAAGUUAUGUUCUGCCACUGUAUGUAAUGGGGGCUCCGGUGCAAAUGUCUUGCCCUGCAAGUCGCCUCAUCCCUACAGUGUCCUGCUUUCCCUCUUACAUGACUAUCUCACUUGGCAUCGGAGUAGAUGAUGUUAAAGUUAAAGUUGAUGGAUCAUGGCAGCCUUUGUUUUUAACAUCAUCUAAAUGCUCAUUCACACUGGAGACUGUUGAUGGUUCACUGGUUGUCACUGCACCAUUCAUAGGAAACUGUCUGGAAAUUAAGGAUACUGAAAUGCAGCUCUCUCUGAUGUACGGUGACCAGGAACUGACACUUUCUUGUCCUGUGACUCCAAUGCCGGCCCCAACCAUUGCUCCUGUCCAGGACCCUUUGAACAGUCAACAAAUGUUUUACCCUUUCCCAUAUGGAAAUCCCUGGUGGUAUCGUCCACAUUCUCCUGGUUACCCUCUACCUCCCACUGUGCCUCCUACGACAACUCAAGACCCUAACCAACAGGUGUUCCCUCACAUGUAUCCCAUGUCAAUGUUUGAUCCUUACUUGCAUUCUAGUGGUUCCGCAGCACAACGGCCCAGGUACCCGAUGUUUCCUCCCUAUAUGUACCCCUUCAGGAGCCCAGUUGAAGCAACAACGACCCCUUCCACGACCACCGCUGCUCAAUUUGAGCAGUUUGCAGGUUAUCCUCCAAUGUACCCAAGGUUCUAUGGGCGUCGACCCUUCAAGCCUUUUGUUCCUCCUGGUGUAAAAUACCCCUUCAUGCCCUAGCAUCCUCAAGAUCCAGGAUUUUCUAGAUCUCAUUUUAUCAAAUAUUUACUGUAACAAACAAUGGGAAUAAAUGAGUGGUUAAAGCA